GCGGCGCCCGCCGAGGCGUCCACGGCGCCGCGCCCCCGGGGGGGCGCGGGGGCCCCUGCGCCGCCGGCGCCCCCGGGGCAGCUGCCGGAGGCCUCGGAGGAGGAGUGGCGGCGCCGCGCGCAGACGAGGAGGAGGGCAGUCGCCGCGUGCAAGGCCAGCCUCGAGUACCGGUGGUGCGAGGGGGCGCGGCUGCGGGGGGAGUGCGACUGCGACGGGCUGAGAACGCCCGACCCCACGGACCGCACGACGAGCAAGCGGAGCUGGAAGUACAAGAUGCAGCAGUGGCGCAGCGAGCUGAAGCAGCGCUUCCUCCUCGCGGGCAGCGAGGACGACCUGGACGAGGCGCUGAAGCAGCGCUUCCUCUUCGCGGACUCGGCGCAGCUGGCGUCUCAGCCCUCCGACUGCGCCGCCUCCAGCGCAUCCUCUGGCUUCGGCCCGUGA